ACACGUAACUCUUUCACUACCUCUCCUUUAUUUCUAAAAUUUUUACCACCGCCGUGCAUUGCAGGUCUAACACUCGAAAACGCCGCCAACCUCCGCCACGCUAGCCCAACUGUGCGGCCGCCCUGGCCGCACUUUAUUACAAACGUUGCACACACGAAGCAGUGACAUAUCGCAUCAUUCGUACGAAAAAAAUCUCGGGUAGUUUGCGAUAUCCUAUUCAAACGAACGCCGUUUAAGAAACGAUACCUUGCGAGCGUACUGACGGCAAUGCGAUGGAUGUGAUUGAAGUGCGCCGCGAGCCGUGCCGCGGGACUCCCAAGUUCCGUCGUCUGCAAGCUGCGGCAGCAGCACCAUCCGCUGCGCAGCGCAAGCGCACGUCAGGCUGCGGUUCGGAUCGAAGUCUCAGCUCCCCGCCCGUGAAGCAACUGCGGUUCGACAACUGCUGCAGCGAUGCCUUCGUCCGGGAAAUCGAGGAGGCACCGAAAGAACCGACCUUCGGUAAGGACUCCAAGCAAAAGCACGGCAGAAAUGGAGGUGGAGGCGGCAGUGGCAACAACAACGGCAACAACAACAACAACACCGAUGAGCUGCACCACCAGGACUCCCUGGACCGUCCGGGCAAACUGGUCCUCGGAGCAGCUAGGGAAGAAGAUGGAGGUCCACCACUUCCGGUGGACGCAAUGGACGUCGCAAGCCCCGGCUCCGACAUUGACGACCCCGCAUUCAACGCCUUCAACUACUGGAAGACCCCCUUUCCCGACGUCAGCAUUGACAUUACCAUGGAGUAAUGGCGAGGCAUUCCGCCGAAGCCGUGCUGUCGCAUAAUAAAGAGUUUUAGUAGAUUGUUCCAAUACCUCCGAUAACGAUACCCAAUACUCGGCUGACGCCUUCGCGCAUGCAUCGUUUUGUCAUCGGGUAUGGUUAUCAGAAGUGUCGAAACAAUCUACUAAAUCUCCUACGUUUGUCUUGUUUUCAUCCUACUCUUUCUGGCCUGUGUGCUUCACGUUUCAUGUUGACCAUGGUUCUGUUGCAUAUGUAUAAAAAGUUGAGAGUUUGUCUGGCCUUAGUUUUAAUGAGAAUAAAGGCUCUUCCAUGGUGUU